AUGUGUCACAGGGUGAAGGAAAAUCUCUCAAAGAACUGGUUGCCAAAAAUUCAGACAAUUUUAUCCGUGGCGUUUGAAAGAAACGAAUUGCCGUCGAUGAGUAAUUCGGUAAAAUGUCGAAGAUUUUUUAAUUGCAUCGCUCUUAUCAUGGAAAGUCAAUUACGAAGACUUUAUAUACAGACAUUGGAGGAUUAUGUAGAUUAUCUUUAUAACAAAAACGGUACAUGCCAUGGUUUUGACAUAAAGGUGAUGGUAAGACACGCGAUUGUCUCGUUCGAUCCCCCGUUUAAUACAUUCGUUGAAACGUUAUCGACGAUUAUGAAUUCAAUGCAAGAAGCUGUUACCGGACUACCACGAGUUGAGACACUAUUAUCAAACAUCAGUUGUAUCGAUUCCAAUGAAAAAUUGCUCCAGGUAAAAGUAUCGGAUAAACGUUUGGGACGAUGCGCCGAUGAAAUCGAGAAGCUGAUCGGCGAAGAAAAAAUCGGAGCUACAGAGCAGCUACAAGAGUUUGAAAAAUACGAGAAUUUAAUAUACGGUGAAGAGAAUGAUAAGAUCACCGAUUUUAUAAAUUCAACGGAUACGGUUGAAUAUUUCGAACGUUAUCAGAAUCUGAUCGAGCAUUAUUAUCGUUUGUAUGGACGAAUAAAAGUGGAGUUUCCACGAACCAGUUUCCAUGGACUUUUUGUAGUGUAUCGAGGGGACUUAAUCGGGCACAUCCUUGCAGCCGCUCGACAAAUCAAGGAAGAUUUACUUGCUAAAAUGAUUCACGAUUAUCAACGAAAAGCUCGAACCGUAGGGAACGCGUAUCAGCACAUUGUGGAUCGUGCACUGACCGUUCCAGCAAAUAGCUCGGAAUUAAUAAAACUGGAAGAGUUUAUAAACGUUACCAAAACGGAAACUACUGGUGAGUUAGAAAAGGAAUUGAGAGAAAUUAUAAAGUACAUCCUUUUCUUAACGGAUUAUUCGAUUCUGACGACCAUCGAAUUGAAAACCAACAACUUUGCUUUUCAAUGGUAUCAUAAGCUUCCUGAAGUUUUCAAGAGCCAUGAAGAAAUAGUUGCGAGCAAAACCGAAGAGUUUCAGAGGAAUCUUAAGAAACGAAUCGAACAAUUUCUGCGAGAUCUUGAAACGUACGCGAAACAAUGCAACGAAUUACAGUACUGGGGUAACAUCGAUGAGAUAUAUCGGUACAAGAAAAAGGCAGAUCGUUUGGAGAACAAAUUGAUCGCCGCGAUGGAUACCAUCGACAGAUUCAACGAGGAAGAAGUGUUGUUUGGUUGGGAAAUGUCGCAAUAUCCAUUACGAAAGGCGACAGCGGAUAAACUAUCGCCAUACAAGAAGCUGUACGAUGCAGCUUGCGAUUUUCUAUCCAACUACGAUACGUGGAUGGAUUCGAUGAUUGGCUCUCAGGAUCCAGAGGACAUUGAGAUGGCUACAGGAACCGCUUAUCGUACAGUCUUUAGAUUGGAGAGAUCUAUCCAAGAACCGACAGCGAAGAAGCUUGCGGAAACGAUUCGAAUCAAGAUAGAAGAAUUCAAAGAGCAUAUGCCUGUGAUAUCCACUCUUGGAAAUCCUAUGAUGAAGAGUCGUCACUGGGAACAAGUGUCGGAGAUCGUUGGCUUCCCUAUAAAAGUUGAUCAAUCGACGACGCUUGCCAAGAUCCUUGAUUACGGCUUGGCCGAUUACGUCCCGAAAUUCGAAGCGAUAUCGGAAGCUGCAACGAAGGAAGGUAGCUUAGAGAGGGCUCUACUUCGAAUGCAUGUCGAUUGGGAGGAAAUUGCGUUCACCGUGAAUCCUUAUCGAGAUACCGGAACGUAUGUGAUUGCCAGUGUCGACGAGAUACAAUUACUUUUGGACGAUCAUUUAACUAAAGCUCAGACUAUGAAGAAUUCUCUUUACAUUCGACCAUUCGAGAAGGAAACCCUAGAAUGGGAAUCCAAAUUACUCCUCUUACAAGAUAUUAUGGAUUAUUGGCUGCAAGUUCAAGCCACGUGGAUGUACUUUGAACCAAUCUUUUCCUCGGCCGAUAUACAGCAGCAAAUGCCAGAGGAAGGUCGGCGAUUUAGUGCUGUCGACAAGAUUUGGAGAGAAAUAAUGUCGCUAGUGUCAUCGGAUCCUCGCGUUAUGUCUGUCAUUGGAAUAGACAAGAUGCUUGAGCGAUUAAAGAAAUGUACCAAUCUGUUGGAUUUGGUACAAAAGGGACUGACCGCUUACUUAGAUAAGAAGAGAUUAUAUUUCCCACGAUUCUUUUUCCUCUCGAACGACGAGCUGUUGGAAAUAUUGUCCGAAACGAAAGAUCCUACCAGAGUACAACCGCAUCUGAAAAAAUGCUUCGAAGGUAUCGAACGUCUAAGUUUCACGGACGAUAUGGAGAUAACGACGAUGCAGUCGUCCGAAGGAGAAAAAGUUAUUCUCGAAGAUAUCGUGGACACAGCAGCGGCUCGAGGACAGGUGGAGAGGUGGUUAUUAGAUCUUGAACGAUCUAUGAAGAAGAGCGUCAGGGCGCAGGUAAUCGCAUCAAAGAAUGCGUUCUUAAAACAAGUCAGAUCGAUAUGGGCAUUGGAAUGGCCUGGUCAAACAAUUCUUUGCGUGAGUAAACUUUACUGGACGGCCGACGUGACCAAGGCUCUAUCGUCCGACCCUUUGCAUAAUGUAAAGAACUACAUUAACACCUGUACGCAUCAGCUGAACGAAAUAGUGAAAUUGGUUCGUGGAAAGUUGUCGACGCAAAAUCGUACGACCUUAGAGGCAUUGGUUACGUUGGAUGUCCAUGGUCGUGAUGUGGUCUCGGGACUUGUUGGGCAAAGAGUUACCGAUGCAACCGACUUCAAUUGGUUGGCUCAACUAAGAUACUAUUGGAUGAAUAACGAUUUAUGGACAACGAUGAUAAAUACUUCGUUAAAAUACGCAUACGAGUACCUGGGCAACACGUCGAGACUGGUAAUAACGCCAUUGACGGAUAGAUGUUAUCGAACGUUGUUCAGCGCGUUGAGCUUGCACCUCGGUGGUGCACCUGAAGGUCCUGCUGGAACCGGUAAAACGGAAACUACCAAAGAUUUGGCCAAAGCUGUGGCUAAACAAUGCGUGGUGUUCAAUUGUUCCGACGGUCUGGAUUACAUUGCUUUGGGUAAAUUCUUUAAGGGAUUGGCAAGUACCGGCGCGUGGUCUUGCUUCGACGAGUUCAAUAGGAUAGAUCUGGAAGUACUGUCGGUAGUGGCGCAACAAAUUUUAACCAUUCAACGAGCCAUUAAUGCUGGACUGGAUCAGCUUCUUUUCGAAGGUACCGAGAUCUCGCUAGAUCCUACCUGUGCCGUGUUCAUCACGAUGAAUCCAGGAUACGCAGGAAGAACCGAGUUACCGGAUAAUCUGAAGGCUCUCUUCCGACCGGUCGCGAUGAUGGUUCCAGAUUACGCAUUGAUCGCUGAAAACACCUUAUACUCGUACGGAUUUUACGAAGCUCGGCCGCUUUCAGUGAAAAUCGUCACAGCGUAUAGAUUGUGCUCGGAACAACUGUCCAGUCAGAAUCAUUAUGAUUACGGAAUGAGAGCGGUGAAAUCUGUCCUGAUAGCGGCUGGAAAUUUAAAGAUUAAAUAUCCGGAUGAGGCCGAGGACAUUUUAAUACUGCGCAGCAUCAAAGACGUGAAUUUGCCAAAAUUCCUGAAAGAGGAUAUACCACUGUUCAACGGUAUAACGUCCGAUCUCUUUCCUGGAGUGAAACUUCCGGAACCAGAUUACACCGACUUGAAUACGUGCGUUCUUGAUGCUUGUUCCGAGUCAAACUUGCAAUGCACUUCUGUCUUCUUACAAAAGAUACAGCAGAUAUAUGAAAUGAUGAUCGUUCGGCAUGGAUUCAUGAUCGUUGGUUAUCCGUUUGCUGGGAAGAGCGCGGCUUAUAACGUUUUGGCUGACGCUUUGAAGCUUUGCGAGCAACGAAAUCUGAUAAACGAACAUGCUGUAGAAAAGUUUGUUAUCAACCCUAAAGCUGUUACGUUGGGUCAUUUGUACGGAGAGUUCGACCCGGUGUCCCACGAAUGGUCCGAUGGAGUUUUAGCGAUCAGUUACCGCGCUUUCGCAAUUUCCACCAACGAAAAUCGCAAAUGGCUUAUUUUCGACGGACCUAUCGACGCGGUAUGGAUAGAGAGCAUGAAUACUGUACUGGACGAUAACAAAAAGCUUUGUUUAAUGAGCGGCGAGAUCAUCCAGUUAUCGCCAGUUACGAGCUUGCUCUUUGAAACGAUGGAUUUAGAACAAGCUUCACCAGCUACUGUUUCUCGUUGCGGAAUGAUCUACAUGGAACCUCAUACACUUGGAUGGGAUCCUUUGCUUAAAUCAUGGCUAGCUAAAAUCCCAGCUGUAAUUGACGAAUGGCUAAAGAACUUUAUAUACCAAUCGCUUUUUCGUAGGUUUUGCGAUCCUCUGCUCUAUUGGUUAUUUAAUAAUAACGUUCAGAAAAUAUGUCCCAUGCCGGAAUCGAAUCUUAUACGCUCGCUGACUUAUUUGAUGGAUUGUUUCGUCAAUGAAUACCACGAUGAGAAGAUUGCUAAGAGUAUAAGCGAGUUAGACCUCCGAGCGCAGAUCGAGGGCUCGUUUUUCUUUUCGUGUAUUUGGGCGAUCGGAGGGAUUUUAACCGUAAAAUCCAGAGAAUCUUUUAGCAUGCUGUUUCGUGGCUUUCUCGAGAAGAACUUCCCUACAGACUUGAUGGAAACGUUUGAAUUACCAGGACCAAUAGAAGCACCUUUGAAACCGUACAUCUUUGUUAUGCCACGGGAUAGUUUAGUGUUCGAUUACAGAUUUACCAAGGAAGGGAAAGGAAAAUGGAGAUUAUGGUCCGACGAGUUGCUCGACAGUCCGCCGAUUCCUCGCGAUAUUCCCGUCAAUCAAAUAAUAGUACCUACAGUCGAAACGAUAAGAUACACGUCUCUGUUUCGAUUAUUGAUAGGCCACCAAAAACCCGUGUUGUUUGUCGGCCCUACUGGCACUGGAAAAUCAGUGUACACCGUAGAUUUCUUAUUAAGAAAGAACGAUCCUGCGGUGAACAAGCCGUUGAUCAUCAAUUUUUCCGCCCAAACAACGGCGAAGCAAACUCAGGACACGAUUAUGGGGAAAUUGGAUCGGCGAAGAAAAGGCGUUUUCGGGGCACCGAUAGGGAAACGGUGGAUCGUAUUCGUCGAUGAUCUUUCGAUGCCUAUGAAGGAAACGUACGGAGCACAACCGCCGAUCGAACUUUUACGGCAAUGGCUGGAUUACGGAGAAUGGUUCGAUACGAAGGAUAAAACGGUGAUCAAACUGAUCGAUGUCAAUUUAAUGUGCGCUAUGGGUCCACCGACCAGCGGCGGGAAAGACGUUACCCCUCGAUUUAAAAGACAUUUUACUGUUUUAACGAUAUCAGAAUUCGACGACGAAGUAAUGACGAUGAUAUUUAGUAAAAUUAUCCUCUGGCAUCUUGAUACAAGAGGAUUUGGUAAAGAAUUCGAUCCGUGUAUCGAAGAAAUCGUUCUAGCCACGUUGGAUGUGUACAAAGAGAGUCUUAGCAAUCUUUUACCAACACCUGCCAAGUGUCAUUACGUGUUCAAUCUCCGGGAUUUCUCCAGAGUGAUACAGGGUGUUUUGUUGUCCGUCCCGGAAACGAUGCCAGCCUUAACAAACAUGAGGAGACUCUGGGUUCAUGAGAUACUUCGAGUAUUUGGAGAUCGUUUGAUAGAUGAUAACGACAACUCUUGGUUGGUGGGGCAAAUACGCAUUAGUCUUGACAAACGUAUGAACGUGAUAAUGGAAAAAUUGUUUGAUGAUCUUGUUCCCUCGAAGGAGAAAGAUAGCAAAGUAAGUUCAUAUUUUUUGUAUUUCCAUUCUCCUUCACCGUGUACGAUAUUGCAGAAACAGCCGGCGCUAAUCACCGAGCAAGAACUUCGAAACUUGGUGUUUUGCGAUUUCGCGGACGCGAGAGUGGACAAUCGACUUUACCAAGAGGUGCCGGAUCUCGAACGCUUACGAGAGAUAGUAGAAAAUUAUUUAACCGAGUACAAUGCGAUGAGCAGAAAGCCCAUGAAUCUGGUUUUAUUCCGGUUCGCCAUCGAACAUUUGUCGCGCAUCUGCCGUAUCAUCAAGCAACCCCGAAGUCAUGCCCUUCUUGUCGGGGUCGGUGGUUCAGGAAGACAGUCGUUGACCAGAUUGGCCUCGCAUAUAAGCGACUACGAUGUUUUCCAAAUUGAAGUCAGCCAACAGUACGGAGUGAACGCGUGGCACGAAGACGUGAAGGAUAUCUUGAAACGCGUUACCUUGACCGAACUUCAUUCCACCUUUCUUUUCUCUGAUACUCAGAUCAAAGAAGAGAGUUUCCUCGAAGAUAUCAGCAAUAUGCUUAAUUCUGGAGAGAUACCAAACAUAUUUACCGUGGAUGAAGUAUCAGAGAUAUGCGAACGAAUGAGAAUAAUAGAUAGGCAAAGGGAUCGAUCGGUACAGACGGACGGAAGUCCGGUGGCUUUGUUCAAUCUCUUCGUUCAAACAGUACGGGAUCAGUUGCACAUUGUAAUAGUGGUAUCUCCGAUAGGCAAUAACUUUCGUAAUCGGAUCAGAAAAUUUCCAGCCUUAGUGAAUUGUUGCACCAUCGAUUGGCUUCAGUCCUGGCCCGACGAUGCUUUGCUGGCGGUUGCGACCCGAUUUUUGUCGACGAUCGAGCUAACGGAUCAGGAAAGAAUAGCCGGCAUCGACAUGUGCCAAUUCUUUCACGUCUCGACGCAAAAUCUAAGCACGGAAUUUUUUCUUCGAUUAAACAGACACGUGUAUGUUACCCCAACUUCGUAUCUUGAGAUGAUAAAUACUUUUAAGGAUUUGUUGGAGAAAAAACGUCGGAACAUCAUGGACGCGAAAACUCGCUACGAACGCGGUUUGGGUCAGCUGGACGAGACGCAAGUGCAAGUGGUCGCGAUGUCAGAAACUUUGCAAUCGUUGAGGCCACAAUUAAUUGUCGCUACGCAAGAUGUUCAAAAAAUGUUGCUCGAUGUCAAUAAAGAGAAGGAGGAGGUAGCCGAGUUUGAGAGAACGGUGAAAGAAGACGAAAAUGCAGCCGAGAUUUACGCAAGCGAAGCGGCUGCCAUCAAAGCGGAAUGCGAUGCAGAUUUAGCUGAAGCACUGCCGAUCUUGAAACGCGCUCAAGCCGCUCUGGACACCUUGACCACUGCCGAUGUCGCUGUGGUCAGAGCGAUGAAGCAACCACCUCAAGGAGUUAGACUGAUCGCCGAAAGCGUUUGCGUUCUCAAGCAAAUAAAGCCAGAAAGAAUCCAGCAACCAGACGGCAGUUUUCUAGAAGAAUAUUGGAAAGCUGCCCUUCGAAUGCUAAGCGACGCAAGGUUUCUCGACUCGUUGCUCAAUUUCGACAAGGAUAACAUUCCCGACAACGUGAUCGAGAAAAUUCGUAAAGUAUACUUGGCCAAUCCGGACUUCGAUCCCGAGAAGAUCAAGAAAGUAUCGACUGCGUGCGAGGGACUUUGUCGAUGGGUGUACGCGAUGUCCGAGUACGAUAAAGUAUCAAAAGUCGUUGCCCCGAAGAAAAGAGCAUUAGCCCAAGCUCAAGAAGUCUACGACACUGCAAUGGGGACUCUUCGAGAGAAACGAGAGCAACUUAAACGCGUUCAGGAAAAACUGAGAACACUGGAGGAACUGUUGGAACAAAGAAGAAUAGCAUUCCAAACGAUGUCCGACAAAGUGACCGAUUGCGAAACGAAACUGAAGCGUGCCGAAGAUUUGAUCGGAGGACUAGGCGGAGAGUACACGCGUUGGUCUCGCACCGCGAUAGUAUUAGGGGAAAGGUAUUACCGAUUGACCGGUGACGUGGUAAUCGCCUCUGGUGUUGUGGCGUAUCUAGGCCCCUUUACCAUGCCUUUUCGACUUCAACAAAUGUCCAUGUGGAUACAGCGUUGUACCGACUUGAAAGUGAUCUGUAGUACGGACUUUCAAUUACGCGAUAUUCUCGGAGAGGCAGUUUUAAUAAGAUCUUGGAAUAUUUUCGGUUUACCGAACGACGCGUAUUCCGUCGACAAUGGUAUCAUUAUCACAAAUGCAAGAAGGUGGCCGUUGAUAAUAGAUCCACAAGGUCAGGCAAAUAGAUGGAUAAAGAAUAUGGAAAGGAAGAAUAAUUUAAACAUUAUUCGAUUAACUCAAUCCGACUAUAGUCGAGUUUUGGAAAAUGCAUUACAAUUUGGACAACCGGUGCUUUUGGAGCACGUCGGAGAAGAAAUAGACGCUGUCCUCGAGCCGGUUCUAAUGAAAGAAACGUUCAAGCAGGGUGGCGCACUUUGUAUAAAGUUUGGCGAUACGAUCGUUGAAUACAGUGAUCAUUUCAGACUCUACAUUACCACCAAACUAAGAAAUCCGCAUUAUUUACCAGAAAUAGCGGUCAAGGUAACGCUAUUGAACUUUAUGAUAACGCCAACUGGUCUGGAAGACCAAUUACUGGGUAUUGUAGUUGCGAAGGAAAGGCCGGACUUGGAGUCAGAGAAAAACGCUUUGAUCGUGCAAGGAGCCGCAAACAAACAACUUCUCCAAGAAACGGAGGAUAAAAUUUUAGAGAUUCUUUCGUUAGCGGAAGGCAAUUUAUUAGACGACGAAGAGGCUGUUGAAGUUUUAACAUCCUCCAAGGAUUUGAGUAACGACAUCCAGGUGAAACAAGCGGCUGCUGAGCAAACGGAAAAAUCAAUCGACGAUGCCAGGUUGCAGUACACUUCCAUCGCAGUGUAUUCGACCGUGCUUUUCUUUACUAUCGCCAUGUUAAUCAACAUCGAUCCUAUGUAUCAGUAUUCAUUGGCAUGGUUCAUAAACUUAUUCGAACUGGCUAUCGAUAACACGGAACCAGCGGAUACGGUCGAAAAGCGAUUAACCGAUCUCACUAAAUAUUUCACCUACUCUCUUUACACGAACGUUUGUAGAUCUCUGUUCGAAAAGGAUAAGCUGUUGUUUUCUUUCUUAUUGGCGAUCAAUUUGCUCAAGCAACAGGGAAAACUUUCUCUGCCUCAAUGGAUAUUUUUACUAACUGGCGGGAUCGGUAUCGAUAAUCCGUACGCCAAUCCUACAACCUGGCUCCCGUCCAAACAGUGGAACGAAUUGUGUAAUCUGGAUAGUGUCGAUGAUUUUUCGGGUAUUCGAGAAGCAUUUACACAACACGUCCAAGAGUGGAGACAUUUAUUCGAUUCGAGGGAACCGCAAAACAAGGCGAUUCCUCCACCAUUUCACAAAUUGAAUUUGUUUCAAAGAAUGUUGAUACUCAGAUGCAUUCGUCCUGAUAAGAUAAUUCCAGGUGUUCAAAACUUUGUCGAAGAGCAACUCGGUUUACAAUUCGUCGAAGCACCACCCUUUGAUUUACCUUCGUCUUACGCCGAUUCGAAUUGUUCCACUCCGUUAAUAUUCAUCCUGACCCCUGGUACCGAUCCAGGUCAGUUGUUGCUCGCGUUUGCAGAUGAACAAGGUUACAGCGUGAGUCGUCUGUUUUAUCUUUCCUUGGGUCAAGGUCAGGGACCAGUUGCUGAAGAAACGAUUCAGAAAGCCGUGAUGGUCGGUAACUGGGUAGUUUUACAAAAUUGUCAUUUGGCGAUUAGCUGGAUGGGCACUUUGGAAAAUAUCUGCGAAGGUCUGAUACCCGAUACGAUCCAUUCGGAAUUUCGUCUCUGGCUAACCAGCUAUCCGUCGGAACACUUUCCUUCCUCGGUUCUGGAGAACAGUAUAAAAAUGACAAACGAACCACCUAAAGGGCUAAGGGCUAACAUCCUCAGGUCGUACACGAGCGAUCCGAUCAGUGAUCCGGAUUUCUUUGAAUCUUGCGCUCAGCCAGAGUAUUUCAAGAAGCUACUUUAUUCGUUAUGCUUCUUUCACGCGAUCGUUCAGGAAAGACGGAAAUUCGGUCCGAUCGGUUGGAACAUUAGCUACGAAUUUAACGAGACCGAUCUGCGGAUCAGUGUUUUGCAGUUACAUUUGUUCCUUGACGAAUUCGAAGACGUGAGAUUCGAUGCUAUCAGGUAUCUGACUGGAGAAUGUAAUUAUGGUGGAAGGGUGACAGAUGAGUGGGAUCGAAGAACGUUGAACACUAUCCUGUCUAAAUUUUAUUGCAAGGAGUUGCUCGACGAAAAAAUCUAUUACUUCGAUGAAACUUCAACGUCUUAUUAUGCUCCAAACUUACGAGAAUUUGAAGCCUUCAUGGAAUAUACCAGAGACUUACCUUUAAUUACCCAACCAAGUGUUUUUGGCAUGAACGAGAACGCUGAUAUCAUUAAAGACCAGCAUGAAACGAACCUUCUGUUCUCGUCACUUAUAUUAACUCAGGAAAGCGUUGAAUCUGGAACUGGACUAAUAUCAAACGACGAAAUAGUAUUCAAAAUGGCAAGUGAUAUUUUACAAAAACUACCAGCCGAUUAUGAUAUCUUAUUGGCCCUCAGAAAGUACCCUAUGUCUUACGGACAAAGUAUGAAUACAGUUUUGGUACAAGAAAUGGGCAGAUUCAAUAAACUUACUGGUCACGUUAGAACCAGCCUGCAAAAUAUUAAGCGAGCCAUCAAAGGUUUCAUUGUAAUGUCUUUUGAACUUGAAGAUAUUUAUGAAGCAAUUUUGACUAACAAGAUACCUGCUUUAUGGUUGCGAUAUUCGUACCCAUCAUUGAAACCACUUGGUAGUUAUAUUCAUGAUUUGUUGGCUCGUUUGAAUUUCCUUCAAAAAUGGUACGACGAGGGUCCACCAGUCAUUUAUUGGAUUUCAGGAUUUUAUUUCACUCAAGCAUUUCUCACAGGAACUAGACAAAACUAUUCGAGAAAAUAUCAAAUACCUAUAGACUUAUUGAUUUUCGACUUCUUUGUGUUAAACGUACACGAAAUUCCUCACUCUCCUCCCGAGAAUGGAGUCUAUAUACAUGGACUGUUUUUAGACGGUGCUCGAUUCAAUAAUGAACAUAUGACAUUGGACGAAAGUUUUUCGAAAGUACUUUAUGAAAGCAUGCCCCGUAUGUGGCUGGUUCCAGUGAAGAAAGAAGAUGUUAAAAAGAGACUCACGUAUCUUUGUCCUGUGUAUAAAACUAGCGAAAGAAAAGGAGUUUUAUCAACCACUGGACAUUCGACCAAUUUCGUUAUUGCUAUGACUUUACCUACUGCAAAACCGCCAGAACAUUGGAUCAUGAGAGGAGUAGCUUUACUUUGUCAGCUUUCUGAGUAAAAAUCAAUAUAAAAUGAUUAAAUUAAUCUGUAACUAUUUUUAAUGUUUUCAUUGAAGAUAAACACUAUAAGAAAUGUAAUAUGACUCUUAAAUUUAACGAAGAGUUGAAGAAUUCACAACGCUAAUAGGAUUCA